AUGGGCCUGAUAGCCACGAUUCUGGCGGUCUUCUGGCUGCUACAUCGCGCCACACGGUUGCUGAAGAUCCCCGCGACGACGCUGAUCCGGCUGCUGGGUGUGGAUAUCCCCGAGCGGCCCGACAUUUGUGUGGAUCAUGUGUCCGACUCCUCGGUCACGCUGCGAUGGCCCAAACCGGAAAAGACCACAGCUCACAAACAUAUCAUCGAGGUGAACGGCAUCAAGGCCGGCGAGAGCUCGAGGUCCACGUCGGUUGUGCUCACCAACCUGCAGCCGGACAAGACGUACUCUGUCAACGUGCUCACGGUCAACGCGAAUCAGUACAGAUCCAAUACAACCACAGUCCGUGUCCACACGCGCAAACGGGUGCAGCACCCGUCUCUGGACUCUCUGGCGCCCGUUCUUAUGGACCCCGUGACCCCCUCGUUUGUGGUGCUCGCGUCCGGAACAGGAACAUCAACCGCAUCUACAACCUCUGGCCUCAGCUCGGCCACCAGCAUCCCCGCCACCUCUACGGCCGCGGGGCUCAAGCACAAGAAACACAAACACUCGUCUUCCAAAAAGCUGAGUGCUGACAAGUCUGCAUACACGGUGGAGUCACUGACGGCCGAGGUGGAGGCUGCGCAGCAGGAGAUCCGGGAUGCCAACAUGCAGUAUCGAGAGGUGGAGAAGGAGCUGGUGGCGAUGGAAAACAAGCUGCAGGAGGAGUCACAGGAGCUUCGGGCACAGCGCAAGAAGGAUGAUGUGUCCCGAUCGCAGCUGCGAUCCGAAAUGAAGGCCCUGGAAGACCAGAAGCUCAACAUUGAGCUGCACAGGGCCAAGGUGGACAAGCAGCUGCAGAACCUUGAGCAGACGCUCAAACGCAUGGAGGUGGAAGAGAGCAAGUGGAUCAACACGUCGCAGAUCAUGGAGCGCAAAACGGAGGAUCUCACAACCACCGACACAGAAACGUACCACGAGAACGCCAACAAGAAGCUCGUGGAGGCCGAGACUCUACAAAAGUCGCUGGCGGCCGUGGAAGAGGAGGUCAAGACUAUGACGGCCGAGAUCCGGCAGCUUGACGCCCUGCGAAAGAGUCUGGCAGAACACGGCAGCAGUAGCCGAGGCAGCGAUGCCAACAACUCGCCGGAAGCUUUACUUAAGAUUCUCGAGGGCACAUCUGACGGAAAGGCCGAGAUCUUACGCCAACAGAUCCAUUUCGAUACCGAUCUGGACCAAAAGUGGCGAGACGUGCAGCGUCAGCUUGAGCAGCGAUAUGUGCAAGUGUAUGGUGAGUACGGCGAGGCCACGCGGCUACUGGAGUCGGCAAAGAUCCAGUACCAGCAGUUCCAGGUAGUCGCAAGCGCCAACAACAGCUCUUCUCAAAUCAUCGAUAAUUCCACGUCGAGCUUCGAUUUCGGAUCAAGUCGCGACAUGAUCAAACCUGAGCUUCCGCCUUCCACCAGUGCUCCGGCCCAGUCCGUUCCUGACGCUGGACGCCGCCCCUCCGCAUUUGAAGGAGAUGAAAACUUCAAUACUGCGGUGCAAAUGUUUCUCCCAUCCAAUUUGUUUGGUGCUGACGAUCUCAACGAUUCCCUCACUCAGUCUUCCUUUGAGGCAAUCGACGAACUGCCCAUGAAGGGCCCUACAUACCCUAGUCAUGCCCAGACCAGCUCUCCGUCCAGCUCGUUUGACGCUUUCCGGGUGUCUUCCGAAGACCCCAACAGCCCCUCCUUCUUCUCCAAGGACUACGACAUGGACACCAGCUCGCCCGUGACUCGUCCCAAACGGCUCUCCGGCAUGUUUGGAUUCAACCGAGCUAAGGCCACGCCUCCCCCUGAACCUGCCAACAAAGGCUCCCUCUUCUUCCGUAACAAGCGCAAGCAGGAGGGCAAGGAGCCCGACGACGACAUGCUGGUGGCUCCCGAGUCAUAUGACCCCUUCCAGGCGUCUUGGAACCGGUCCAACUCUCCCGGAGGCAAUAUCUUUGGACCCAGCUUUGGCACCUCCGAGUGGUCUGGAUCUCCCUCUGGAGAGCAAGAUUGGAGCAACCGGUCUGUGGACUCUUAUGGAGGCUCCUCGGGUCCGUUUGCUCCUGGCUUUAAGGCGUUUGAUCAGCCCAGGGAGCUGUAUGACGACACCGCUGAACCACAUGGUGCUUCCAGCACCCACAGUGAGUACAGUGCCAUGACCGAUGGCUCCAAAGACUCCAAUGGACGAGAAAGCAUCAUUCAAAAGGGAAUCCGAACCCUCACCUCUCCCAGAAAGGGGAGCACGUCUUCUGCCAAGUUCAAUGUUGGUAAGCUGAGUUUUUUUGGCGGCAAGAAAAGCGAUCGGUCGGAUGCUUCUUCCACUGACGCCGAGCUGGACGACGUUCCCGAUCAGGGUGCUCUGGGUGCCAUUCACGAGUCCCGGUCCGGCACUGGAAGUCCUCAUCUUAACAUGGAGGAGUUUCUGAAGCAGACAUAG